UUCGACUUCUCUCCCCGACUCCCAACCCGUUCAGUCCACUGGUCAUAUGUCAUCUGCCUUGUCCUCUCCUGUAGUAUCUUCGCCGAUCUCCUCUCCCUUUUCUCUUGCGUCACCUUCAACAAGCUCACCCGGAGUUUCAUUUGGCCUAUUCAAUUGUUUCAUACAAAAGAGAUGGAGGAAACCGACUGUUUCUGCCCAGACUCGUUUGGAAGACAGGGUGAGAGACUCCAAGUUAGACAAACUCAUGACCCACCUUAAUAAACUCAAGAUUAUUCUCAAAAUCCACCAACUGAUGUCAAAUCGUAAACGCGGUCCCUUUGUGUCCGUACAGUUGAUGUCCCGAUGGAGGAGCAUCACCGGGCUUAAUGUCAGCAUGGGGUCAUUUAUUCAUAAAUAUCCGCAUAUUUUUGAGGUUUUCCCACACCCUAUCAGGAGGAAUUUAUGUUGCAGAUUUACCCGCAAAAUGAAAGCCUUGAUAAAGGAGGAAGAGGUUGCUAUGGAACAGCAGGAACUGGAGGCUGUGAGGAGGUUGAAGAAGCUGUUGAUGAUGUCCGUAAAUGGAACUCUUCAUAUACAUGCAUUGAGAUUAAUUAGGAGAGAGUUGGGUUUGCCCCAUGAUUUCAGAGACUCCAUGCUUGGGAAAUACACUGGAGAUUUCAGAUUGGUCGAUCUAGAGAUUGUGGAAUUAGUUGAUAGAGACGAACAUCUGGGAGUGGCUGAGAUCGAGAGAUGGAGGGAGAAAGAGUACAGAGAGAAAUGGUUGAGUGAAUUUGAGACCAAGUAUGCAUUUCCUAUCAAUCUCCCUACUGGGUUGCAAAUCGAAAGAGGUUACAGAGACAAGAUGAAGAAUUGGCAAAGGCUUACAUAUACAAAGCCUUAUGAGAGAAAAGAAGCCAUUCGUGUUCGUACAUGUGGAGGGUUUGAGCGCUAUGAGAAGAGAUCAGUUGCUGUUAUUCACGAGCUGCUGAGCUUGACAGUGGAGAAGAUGGUUGAGGUUGAUCAAUUAGCUCAUUUCCGAAGGGAUUUUGCUAUUGAAGUAAAUGUGCGUGAAGUACUGUUAAAGCACCCAGGCAUAUUCUACAUAUCUACUAUAGGGAAAACUCAAACUGUGUUUCUUAGGGAGGCAUAUAGUAAAGGGUGUUUGAUUGAGCCUAAUCCCAUAUACAGUGCACGUAGGAAAAUGUUGGAUCUUGUAUUGUUAAGAAGCAGGAAGACUAAACAAUUGCUGGCUUGUGGGAGCAACAAUGAAAUCUGUGAAGUGAAUGAAGAUGAUGAAAGACCGGGAGAUUGGGUGGUUUCCUUAUUGGAGAGUUGUGAUCACCAUCAUAUUGCGGGCGAGUUUACUGACGCAUCUGAGUAAGACCAGAGAUGGUUUGGAAGCCAAGGUGGGAUCGUUGAAGGUUUUGUUACUUUAUCAGCUAUACGAGAAGGAUUGAUUACAGAUCCGCUGUUAAUGCCAAGCUCUUUUUUAAACUCUGGUCACAAGAAGCGAUGGGGCAAAUGAAGUUUACACAGAUUGUUUUAUGAAUUCAUUGCAGUAACCAAUUUCAACCAUCGACGCAGGUUUGGUACGCGGGGAUAUUUAGUUUUUCUUUUAUUCCUUCGUUUUUUCACUACUGAAGUUACGCUUUGUGAUUAAACUUGUAAUGAAAAUUUUUCCGCAGAUUAA